AUGCUCCCGCGGCGUGCGCCCUCUAGAGGCUCUCAUCUCCGCCAGGUCAGUGCUGCUAGCCUAGGAAGCAAUUCAUCCAUUGCAUCUCCACCACCCCAAGGGGCGUCAACUGCCAAUUUGAGAAUCGAAAAUUCAUUCUCUGGGGGACCUUGGCGACAAGUUUGUACACUUUGGAUUCACGAUGAAUAUUUCUCCAAGGAUGACUUCUUAUUCAACAAUUCGGCAUUCAACGACUCUGGGAUCAGCCCAGGCGAUAUCCUUGAAGUCAUUGGGAUAGACUCAAACUCUGAUCUGACUUCAAGGAAGCUGAACGAAAAUGGGUUUGAAAGCGAUGGCAACAUAAACUCCAAUGCCCGUUUAAAGUUCUCCUCGCCCGCUCAGCACAGAUGUCUCUUCAUUGUGAAGCCGAUGCCACCAGAUGUCAAACAACGGAGUCCAAAAUUAGAGAUUUCUAUCAAUCGCUCCGUCGCCAACAUCUUUGGAUUCAAAAAUGGCUGUCAUGUGCUCAUAUCGCAUAUCGAGCGCUCCCAAUGCUCAGCAUCACAUGUUGACAUUUCAUUCCGCGACCAGUAUCUGGUGCGUGCGGAUAUGUGGAGAUUGGUCACUUCAGAAUUGGUCAAUAAGACUAUCUACAAAGGGCAGAAGAUUGUCUUCAUGGGUAGCAUCAGAGCGACGGUGAAAAACAUAUUCAUAGGGGGGAAGAAGGUUCUCUCCGGUUAUUUUGCGCCCAACACGAUUCCUGUUUUCCGAAGUGAAGCGGCAAGAUAUGUCGUCUUCAUUCAAAUGGCAAGGGAGAUGUGGGAUUUUGAUGCAGAGGGCACUGGGGAUAUUCUUUUCAGCCGAGUCAUCAACGGGUUCCUGCCCGAGCUCUUUAAGCGCUGGGCAAAUAUCGAUGCCAAACACCUGGUGACUAUUGUUCUAUUCACGAGGGUAGAAUAUGACUCACCUUUGGAAAACGGGAUAAGGCCGUUAGAGAGCUUGAAAACGGGCAAUCAUGUUUCUACCAGGGAUUUCUAUCGAGUUGUUGUCAACGAUAUUGCAAGUGGUCACUGGACAACGAUUUUAGACGAGCUGAAAGCAAACUUUAGGACAUUUUUGAGAGAUGUCAUGAUUCAAAGCUUUUCCGGGACCGAUGGCCCCGGGAAUGAGGAACAACGAUCUAUAUCAGGUCACCCGGCAUCUGCCAUCAAAGGGAAUAUGCUAGAGGCUAUUCACUUGGCUACAUCAUAUCUAUCAAAUGAAAAUAUUGAUCGUGACUUGGCUCGGACUGGUCACUCAAUUGUCGUGAUUACUCCCGGUACUGGAUUGUUUGAAGCCUCAUACGAAGCUUUAGCCGCUACCACUGAAGCUGUAACGAACAUGGGAAUCGCAAUCGAUCUGGUCAGCCUGAGCCCCAUGCCACUUCACUCUGUGCCACUGUUCAAAUACGAAAUUCCUGAUGAACACUCACACGAUUCCUAUUCGAAAAAGUUUCGAAGCUUGAAUCAUCUAGGAGCCGAGCCGUCAAUUCCAAGCAUCAGCAGUAGAUCCCCUCCUGCUUCUCUGAGAAACUCAGAAGUUGGGCCAGCCAUACAUCCUUUGUCAUCGCAAGACUUCUUGCCGGCGCACUCGAAAAAAUGGAAUUAUGGUAUCCCGCAUUGGCUGGAUAUAUCUUUUUGGAACCCGGCAACGUAUAAAGAAGGUCGACGUAUCACUAAAAACGAUUUAAAUGCUCCAAUCCCGUUUACGGUCAGCAAAAGAUCCAAGACGUUCGUGCCCCGGGUGCGGUUGUACGAGAUUCAAAUGAUGGGUAUCAUGGAAAGCGAGCAGUCUAAUAUAUCGAUUCCUUAUCUCUCAGAAAAGAAUUUUGGCUUCCAGAGGGGUGAGAUUUACUCAUCGGACAUAUAUUCAGACACACUCACACCCAGGUCUGGCAAGCAAGCACAAUCCCCUAGCUCCUCCUUCCAAGCUCAAUUGAGUGACAGCUUGAGACCGGAAGCAUUUCUACCGAGCUUCUCGAACUCUAAGAUGUUGAUGAUGAACAGUCCAGCAAAACGUCAAAAGAAAGUGGCAAACUGGAUGGAUGAUUAUGACGAAAAUGUCUUCCGUCCAACUCCCAAAAAGCACCACACCCGCAGGAAUACGAAACCUCGGCGCCUGCUUGAGUCUAAUAGUCAUGCCUCUCGUGCAGGUCGUUCUUCUGUACGGUCAAUUACAAGUCCAAGAGAUCAGGGCUCUCUUGAUUUGGAUAGUUUUGCUCUCCGCGGGCUAGGUGUUGGCGUUCCACGAGCCCAAGCUAGUACGGGGGUCAACGCAGAACAUGCCGUGGGUCGUGCUACACCAGCAAAGACUACGUCUUCCGCUAGCAUUUCGGAUAUUGAAAGUUCACCAAGACCUGCUUCUUCUACCUUAGACGACAACUCUUCGAUAGUGAGCAUGGAAUUACCUCCUCGCUCCAUUACUCCUAGGAAGUCUACAGAAACUGUGGAUAUACCCCAGCCUUUACCGAUCACUCAGGCGCGGCCGAUAUCUAUCAAAAGUAUAAGCAGGAAGUCAAUUGAUGGAUCUCACGAUGACCGCAUCAACACAGAGGCACCAUUACCGACAGCUGUAGAAAUGCUUGUGGAAGCUGGUACGCAUGGAACAAGUCAAGGGCCCUUUCCUAUGAAACGAACAGGUCCUCAAAGACCUGGACCAAGAUUCGAGAUCACACGAUCCCGCGACCCGCCUACUGGUGUAUCUCCAAUUCGAACACUCACUCCCUGGGUCAGGUCAAUCAACCCAUCGAAUACUCCUAGAGCUGCGUUAAGAGAUGCGAGCUGGUUUGGCCGCUGGCAACAUGCUUAUCCUCGACCACCGCAUGUCGCUGUAGUCAAAUGGAAGAGUCUGAAGACACCAGCGAUUUUGCCACUGACUACGGAAGAAUUCCCUACUUCCAAGGAACUAGCAGCCAAUUACCUUGAAACACCAUAUAGAGUUUUCCCCAAUGAUGACCAUGAUACGGCCGAAAGUUCUAGAUCACAGGAAGACAUAUUACGCGACAUGGUAGCUCUCCGCCUUUCUCAUGGCUUCCAAAUCGUCAUUGGAAGCGCUGUGGCGGAAGCAUUCGGUGAACCGUCACUAGAAGCACUCAAUGUUUUCGACCCCAAACGCUUAGGCCAGGAAGAUGCAACUGUUGUCCUUUCCAAGGGUAACAUUAUUCAUAGACUAUCAAGCGUGGCCGGGGGUGAGAUUGAAGUUACAAGAUUUAUGCGUCUAUCUAACUCGACGAAUGUCGACAAAGGCAAUUCUCAUAUCUAUACACAUGCAAUCCGCACCAUCUUGGCUAAGAGAUAUGAGUUGACCGAUGUAAAACUUUUGCCAUCGUUGGACGAGUACAACUGGAACUAUGCAGAUAACUAUAUUGCCGGUCACCGGGAUCAUUUGACGGACCCAACGAGACAAUUACGAUUUUGGAGAAUCCGAUUUGUACUAAUUCCUUUACAUCUACCUCCCAAUGCUAGGCGCCACAUUCAGUCUUUUAACGAGGACAAUGAGGAAGAGAUCCAUCUACUCGGCAUCAGUCAGUUGACUUCAUUAUGGCAGCGUAAUAAGUAUAUACCGGCAGACGAUAAACGAUUUCAGUCAUAUGGUCGAACACAAAAGGAUCCUAAUCCGUUGAACAUUCUCUACCAGACACAAGAUCCCUCGGAUAUGGUGGGAGCAGAGCUUGAGAGAUUACUACUCACUGACCCUGGACUUGACAAUGCACCGACUCAGCUACUACCCGAAUCAGAACUCCUCGACCGGUCUGACUUCGGGCCAGGAUCACUGAUGGACCUUGCACAAAUCAUGCAAGGCGAGACAGGCGUGCGCUUGAUGGAUCGAAGAUGGCAUUUCCGACUUCAUUAUAGCUGCUUCAUAGGCUCCGAGUUCACCACUUGGCUUGUGCAAACAUUCAGAGAUAUAGACAGUCGAGACGAGGCCAUCAAAUUUGGAAACGAGCUCAUGAAACUAGGCCUUUUUGUCCAUGUGGAAAAGAGGCAUAAUUUCAGAGAUGGCAACUAUUUCUACCAAAUCGCCACCCAGUACCGUGUUUCGCGCCCUGAGUCGAAAAGUGGUUGGUUCCCGGGCCUUACUGGAAAGUCAGACUAUUCAGUACCUCCUACGCCAACCGGUGAGAUACCCCGAGACUCUCCUUCAGCUGAUGCUUCAAAGUCAGAAGUCUCAAGCGAGACGGUCACGUCAAGAAUGAAUACACCUUCAAAGACGAAGAAUAAAAUGACGGUUAUGCUAUCCAAAUCAAUGAAGUAUGAUGUCGAUCCCCGCAAGCGUUCAAGUCGACCAGAAGUUGUGGACCUACAUUAUGACAGGCUACACAAUCCAGAGAAUUGCUUUCAUAUAGAACUGAGCUGGAUGAGUGCAACUGCCAAACUGAUCGAUGAUGCAGUUGCUCAAUGGGCCUCGCUAGCAGAUAGAUACGGACUCAAACUCGUGCAAGUACCGAUCGCAGAAGCGGCAAGUAUCGUCAAAACGCAGACAUUCAGAAAGCUCUACCACGUGAAGUUCAGCGUUGAGCCGCCGCCUCCGCCUUCGAAAUCUCUUUCAUUCGGUGCAACGACUUUCUCACAGCAAGGCAAGCCAGAUAAACAUUUCUACCACAAAGCGCUUUUGCGAAAAUUUGACUUCGUCCUCGAUUUCGAGGCAGCAUCUGCAUUCUCGCCAGAUGUAGAAGUGCUAUACUCAUGGGGGAAACCCGACUAUAAAUAUACGCAAUACAUCCAUCGAUCAGGCUGUCUACUCGCCCAGAUAUCCGAUGAAGGAGAGCUACUCUUCCUCGCAAACCGUCUCUUCAGCACAAAGAGUGCCGCCGGGCGAGACGCAGCGGCGCACCACAAAUUCGAACACCGAGGCGGCGAAAUCCAUCGCCCUCGUACAAACACCUACACCUACGACCCUAUGUUUUCCCCACGCCUAUCACCGCUCGUCCGCGCCGCCGCCGACCCAUCUACAUCCUCCUCAAUCCCCUCUUCAUCAUCAAACAACAACAUCCCAUCCCUAACACUUAACCCACCCACCUCCUCCCCCACCAGCUUCCUAACCGCCUCAAUCGACUCCGCAAACCUCUACCGAACCCCCGAAAACCUCAAAACCCAAAUCGAAGAAUUCUGCUCCGACCCCAUUCGUCUUCAACAGUUCUACGCCGAAGAACAUGUCCGCUCUGCAUCAACACGUAUCGGGCCCACGACCGUGCCGCCGUCAUCAGUUACGCAUUCGGCGCUUGAGGCGUCAAUUCCAUCCCUGGAGCUGCCGGCUAGUGUCCUUGGGCAUCACAUUUCUCCGCCUGCGCAGUUGGAAACACAGACGUUCUCAAGGAGUAAGGCGUUGGGUAGCUUUGAUUUUAUGGGGUCGCCGCUUAAGGUUGCGCUGGAUGCGAGCAGUGUUGUCACUACGCAGGAGAGACCAGACAAGGAGGAGAAACACGACGCUGUUCAGGAAAAGAAUGAUAAAGAGGAUGAAAAUCAUGAUUCAACAUAA